AUGCACGAAUUACUGACAGACACGGCUUUCGGAAAACUGAUCCGAGUCCUAAGCGGCCAUCGGGUUCUGCUCUAUCCCGAGGAAUACGGUUCCGUUGCUUCAGAGUUGACCGAUACUACGGCUAAGACAGAGCCAAGCUUGGGAAGACCUGCACUCAGUCAAAGCGUCGUGGAGCAGAGCUCACAAGAAACUGUUGCUUCUCAAGUCAUCGACACUGCUGAACUUCCAAAUGGAAACAUCAUCGUUGUUGGCUGGGGCCCUAACGACAGCGAAGAUCCCCAAAAUUGGAGCUUCGGCAAAAAGCUGCUGGUCAGCUCCUUAAUAUGGAUUCUGACUUUCGCUAUCUAUAUUGGCUCAGCUAUCUAUUCUCCCGGCAUUCCUGGCGUAGCCACUGAAUUUGGUGUGAGUACGGUCGCCUCGACACUUGGCCUCACCCUGUUUGUGCUAGGAUAUGGUAUCGGUACGUUCAAUGCUCCUGGAGUUUCUUGUCCCCUUCUCACAAUGAUGUAG